AUGCUCCGGCUCCUGGCGCUCUUGCUCCCGUUGCUGCCGCCGCUCGCGCGCGCCCGGGAGCCCUCCGCGCAGGACGUGAGCCUGGGCGUGGACUGGCUGACCCGCUAUGGCUACCUGCCGCCACCUCACCCUGCCCAGGCCCAGCUGCAGAGCCCUGCAAAGCUUCGGGAUGCGAUCAAGGUCAUGCAGAGGUUUGCGGGUCUGCCGGAGACAGGCGUCCUGGACCCUGUGACAGUGGCCACCAUGCAUAAGCCCCGCUGCUCCCUGCCUGAUGUGCUGGGGGCGGCGGGGCUGGUCAGGCGGCGCCGCCGGUAUGCUCUGAGUGGCAGCGUGUGGAAGAAGCGAACCCUGACGUGGAGGGUAAACUCCUUCCCCCAGGGCUCAGUGCUGAGCCAGGAGACAGUGCGGACCCUCAUGCACCAUGCCUUGACCACCUGGGGUGUUGAGUCAGGCCUCGAAUUCCAGGAAGUGGGUUCUCAGGGCCCGAUGGAGCCUGACAUCCUCAUCGACUUUGCGCGGGCCUAUCACCAGGACAGUUACCCCUUCGACGGGCAGGGGGGCACCCUCGCCCAUGCCUUCUUCCCUGGGGAGCACUCCAUCUCUGGGGACACUCACUUCGAUGAUGAGGAGACCUGGACUUUUGGGUCAAAAGAUGGCGAGGGGACGGACCUGUUUGCCGUGGCUGUUCAUGAGUUUGGCCACGCCUUGGGCCUGGGCCACUCCUCAGCGCCCGACUCCAUCAUGAGGCCCUUUUACCAGGGCCCGGUGGGCAACCCCACCGAGUACCGCCUGUCCCAGGACGACCUCGAAGGCCUGCAACAGCUCUACGGGAAAGCACCCCAAACCCCACUUGACAAGCCCACAAGGAAACCCCUGGCUCCUCCUCCCCCGCCCCCUGCCCUGCCCCCGGACAGCCCCUCCCAACCCGUUCCUGAUCGAUGUGGUGGCCAUUUUGACGCCAUCGCCAACAUCCGAGGCGAAACUUUCUUCUUCAAAGGCCCGUGGUUCUGGCGCCUCCAGCCCUCGGGACAGCUGGUGUCCCCCCGGCCCGCCCGGCUCCACCGCUUCUGGGAGGGGCUACCGGCCCAGGUGAAGGUCAUCCAGGCCGCCUACGCCCGGCAUCCGGACGGCCGCAUCCUUCUCUUCAGCGGUCCGCAGUUCUGGGUGUUCCAGGACCGGCAGCUGGAGGGCGCCGCGCGGCCGCUCACGGAGCUGGGGCUGCCCCCGGGGGGGGAGGUGGACGCCGUGUUUUCUUGGCCGCUGAACGGGAAGACCUACCUGAUCCGGGGCAGGCGGUACUGGCGGUACGACGAGGCGGCAGCGCGCCCGGACCCCGGCUACCCGCGCGACCUGAGCCUCUGGGAGGGGGCACCGCACGCCCCCGACGACGUCACCGUCAGCAACACAGGUGACACCUACUUCUUCAAGGGCGCCCACUACUGGCGCUUCCGCAAGGGCAGCGUCAAAGCCGAGCAGGACUCCCCCCAACCAAUGGGCCCUAAGUUUCUGGACUGCCCCGCCCCCAGACCCCCCAAAGCGACCCUUAAGCCAGGAGCCUGCGACUGUCAGUGCGAGAUCAGUCAGGCGGCAGGGCGGCCGUCCGUGCCCCCCCUGCUGCCCCUGCUGCCCCUGCUGGUGGGGGGCUUCGCCUCCCGCUGAGGGGUGACCGCCCACCACACGGAAGGGACCGGAUCUCCCACCGCGGGCCCUCUGUCCCCGGGGGCGGAGCUCAGCGAGGAUGCUGCUGGGCGGAUGCGGGUGGAGUUAAGCCCAGGGAAGGCCAAGGGGUGGUGACAGGACUAGCCCUGGCACUGAAUGCCCCACGUGUUUGGCCUCCUAGUUCUCUCCUCCCCCUCCCCUGGCAACCCGGACUCCGGCCUGGCUUCGACCCCGCAGGACUCUUCUUUUCCCGGAAUACCUAGCCUUUCCCGGAGCUCAGCCGGCUGACUCCCUGCAGCCCUGGACCCG